UAUAUAAAAGCCUCAUAACAUGCCUAGGAUUCAACAACAGACUUGAGUACCUUGAGAAGCUGCUUUUCUCUGAGCACUAGAUACAACAACAUCCACAACUAUGUCUUCCCAUCAACAGAAGCAGCCCAGUGUCAUACCCCCUCAGCUCCAGCAGCAGCAGGUGAAACAGCCCUGCCAGCCACCUCCCCAGAAGCCAUUUGUCCCUCACACCAAGGAGCCAUGCGACCCUCAGGUCCCAGGGACAGGCACCACCAAGCUGCCAGAGCCAUGCUACCCUGAGGUCUCAGUGCCAAGCCAUCCUCAGGUCCCAGGGACAGGCACCACCAAGCUGCCAGAGCCAUGCUACCCUGAGGUCUCAAUGCCAAGCCAUCCUAAAGUCCCAGGAACAGGAACCACCAAGUUGCCAGAGCCAUGCUACCCUGAGGUCUCAGUGCCAAGCCAUCCUAAGGUCCCAGGAACAGGAACCACCAAGUUGCCAGAGCCAUGCUACCCUGAGGUCUCAGUGCCAAACCAGCCUCAAGUCCCAGGGACAGGCAGCAUCAAGGUUCCAGGGCCACACUACCCUCAGGUCCCAGUGCCAAGCCAUCCUCAGGUCCCAGGGACAGGAACCACCAAGGUUCCAGGGCCCUAUCCCACCACAGUUACUCCACCUCUUACCCAAGAGAAGUACCCACAGGUUCCCAAGACCAAGCAGAAGUAAGAUGACCCAAGAUCUCAUCCUCAGACUCCAUGGGACAAACUUCUGAUUGCUGAAAUUCCCUUUUUCAUUUGCUGUCAAGCCUAAAUGCUUCUGCUAUCCCCCUUAGAAGUUCUGAACCUGUAAUUCACAUGCUGAAAUGAAUUAGCAAAAUGGCUUUCCUUCAUUUGUUAAUUGAAAACAUUUAGCACUGACUCUUGUCCCCAUCCUGAGAUGCUUAAAUGUCUGGCUCAGGCUGAAGAUAUAGAUAGCUUCCCAAGUUGUCAAGGCUCUACAGAGGAUAAAUUCAGAAGACACUAAAUCUUCCUCUCUCUGCCUUCAUUAAAGUCACUA